GUGCUCCAGCAACACCAUUCAGCCAUGACGAACUUCGGCCAGUGGAACUGCCCGUGCGGGCGGUACGUCAAGAACCACCAGGAUCAGGUGGCAGCAGAUGUGCGAGCAGAGCGCGACAGACGGGAUCGAAGGGACCGCAGUGCCAGCCGCAAGCCGAAGCCGCAGCCAGUGGACAAGCAGGUGAAAAUGUACAUCUCCAGAAUCGUCCCUAUGACAAAGGCCGAAGCCGUGGACUUCGACCAGCUGUACCACGAGCCGCCAGCGGAGCCUAUGGCGCAGAAGCAGUUUCAGGAUGCGACCCGCAGCCGAAUGGUGGAGUAUGCGAAGAUGGCGAUGGCAGCGAGAAGGGCAGCAGACGAGGGGGAGGCGACCAAGCUCGACGAGAAACUCAGCGUGCUCAAGUGCAUGAUGGGAUCGACGCAGCCGACGUGGCAGCAGAUCGAGGCCAUGAGGGCCAAGAAGAAGGCCACGAUGGAGAAGCUGAGCAAUACCCGAGCCCGCAUCGCCACAUAUCAGACGCAGGAAGAGGAGCUGUGCGACGAGGUGAACAAGCUGGACGACUACCUGGCAGAGUUGGAGGUGCAGCGGCAGGAAGAGGAGGCGGAGGCGCAGGCCGCCGCGGCCGCCCAGCAUGGGCAUGGGCCGCAGCAGCCGCCUGGGCGCUUUGGUGCGCCAGCGGGAGCGGCGGCAGGUGCAGCGCCGUCGCACAUCCCGCCGCCACCGCCUCCAGGAUUCCAACCGCCGCAGCAGUUGUCUCCGAUCGAGGUAAUGAUGCAGCAGAUGAUGAUGCGCAUGGAGCAGCAGGACAGGCAGAUGGGCAUGGUCAUGUCGGCGAUGGGGUUUACCGCGGCGGCGCCGGGUGUGGCAGCGCCUGGCGCCAGCGGUGGGGCGGCGCCCCAGGUCGCCAGCAAUGCCAGCAGCAGCGGCACCGACGACACCGAUUGGGGGGAUGCCUACGCCUGUGCAGCCGACGCCGCCGCCAGCGCAGAGGUCGCCAGCAACGCCAGCGGGUGCGACCGCCGCGCCAGGGACGCCCAUGGGCGCGCCCAGGCCAGCGACGGUGUCACCGAAGGCGACGCCGAGGGGCAGAGCAGCCAGCCGACACCAGUGAUGCACGCACCGCAAUGCUCACAGCCGACGCAGCCGUGGGCCCCGAUGACCCCGCCGUCUCAGCUCGACGAUCCCUACUUGCCAGCGCCGACGGAGAGCGCCACGCACGAGAGCGAGUCGCCAGUCCAGGCGGAGGUGCGCAGGAUCGACGGGAAGGCGGACAAGACGAAGAUCGAGGUGGACAAAACGACGGCUUCUCCGCCGAGGAAGGAGAAGCGAGCAGGGGCGGCCUCGGUGCCCGAGGCGCGCACCGGAGCCGCGGCGGCAGCAGCGGCUCCAGCGGACGGGGGCGCGCCAGUAGAUAGCACGCACGCUGAUGAAUUGCACGAGCACGUUGAACAUGCCCUUGCCGCGCUGCAGCUGACGCGGGAUCAGUGGCAGGCCGAGGCGUCGGGCGCGCCGCUUUUAACCACUGCCGAAAGGGAUGCAGCCAGGCCGCGAGCGAAUCUGUUCUGGGAGUCCUUCUUGCACUAUGAGGAUCCGCUCACGCCCAGGCAAUUGCAGCAUGCCUUUAAUGAUGAGCCCGACUUUCAACCGUCAGCUGGAGCAGCCAGCUCGGCGGAACCGCCGCCGCCUGCUGCAGAGGCAGUAGGCACUCAGAUGAUGGACGAUAACGUUUCACUUGACUCCAGCAUGUCAUUUGGAUACAUGGCCGGGCACGCCGGGGGUUCAGGCGUGCAGGAAUCUGAUACGGAGGACGACCUCUACGCAGAUGCAUCCGACACGAGCUUCUUGCAGCUGCGUGCUGGGAGCCCAGCUUCGGAGCAGCAAGGUUGGAUCAUAUGCUCGCCGUGCGCGUCUGAUGCAUCUGCCGAUAGCGACAUGGGCGGGUGGGACUGUGUGGGUGAGCUUGGGCGGGGUGGGGAAGACAACACUGAUUCAGACGCGGACUCCGUGACAGGCUGGGACCUAUGCUUGUCUACGGUCAGCGCUGACAGUCCGAGUUUUCAAGACGAUUGCGAGCCGCCAGGGGCUUGCAUCAUGCCCAGCGCGGCCGCCGCCUCCGCCGAGCGAAGCAGGUUGCGCAAGCAGUGGUGGCGAGAGACCACGCGCAGCGUAGCCAAGUUCGGGGUUGACAUUCUCUUGCUCGAUGCCAAUGCUAAGGUAGGGCUCGUAGAGCAUUUCGCAGCCACCGAGAGAGCUAAGAUUUGUACAGUGCCAGAGCUCGUUACCCGCUGUGAUGAGCAGCAGCAGCAGUUCCAUUCGAGUGGGCAUCGUGAGCUGGCAGACUUGUACUCUUUAGCGGGAUUGCAGUGUGACAUCCAGUGUGCGGCGAAGCGCAAGGCAGCAGGACACGAUCUGUGCACCAAUGACUUGUAUCAGGCCGCGCCAGACCUCAGUGCACAGAUUAUGCUGCCACUUGUGUUAAAAGUCCAGAUGGCAUGCCGGGAACCCCUGGCAUGGAAGGGCGGGGUGGCGCACGACUUGCACAAAAAGGGGGACGCUCGGUUGUUGAAAAACGUUCGGGAAAUCCUGCUUGGAGUGCACGUCUGCAAGCACCACCACAAGUACCUGCGGCGCAAAAUCCACGAUGUUGCUUCGGUCCUGUUGGACUGCGAUCAGCACGGGGGCCGGUCGGGGAGAGGCACGGCGGGUGCCUCGCUUCAAGUUCGGGCAUUUCAGGGGGUGAUGAGGCAGUUGCUGGCAGAGCCAGCUGUGUUCGACAGGGUAGGUACCGAGCACUUGAGGGAUGCAGUUGCCGAUGUAAACUCGAGCACCUGGUUCCAGGUAAAAGAUGCUACGUCCGUCGCGCAAGCGACGUUGGGGGCAAGGCCGGGCAUGCCCCCUGCUGAUUUCUUUUUUACCCUCGCUUUUGCCCCCGUGCAUGAGGAGGUGAGGAUGAGGUUUUUCGCCGAAGGCAUCGGCUUAAACGUUGAAGACAUGUGCCCGCGGGUAGGCCGCACCUUCACCAGCCGCGACAAGCAGCUGGACAGCCGCAUAGGAUCGCCCUCGUAUGUGGACGAUCUUGCCGUGCUGCAGGCAUGUGCCAAGGCACGCGACUGCUGCAAGUUGGCCGAAGUUGUCGUCACUACCGUGCAUCAAGUGAUGACGGCGAGGGGGUUUGUCGUCAACUACGGGGAGGGCAAAUCGACCCUGAUGUUCCACCCUAUCGGCGAGGGCACGAAGAUUGCUAAAGCGAAGAUAGCCGCGUUUAAGGGGGAGAUGUGGGUCCCUGCUAUCAAGCGUUCUGUUUUUGUUGCUAACGUGUGCAGGCACCUGGGAUCUAUGGUGCACGCCUCGGGCUCCAUGAAUGCUGAGCUUGCGCACAGGCACCACACCCAGCCGGGGGUACUUGGGGGGCUUAAGAAUGCGGUAUUCACCCGUAACAACGAUUUACCUGUAGAUACCCGCGUCAAGUAUGCUGCCGCCUUCUGCCACAGCCGGGCGUUCUUCCACGAUGCCGUCUGGUCCGCACUCAGCGCAGGCAAUCAGAAGUACUUGGAAACUGCGCUUAUGGCCUCUCUCAGGGCUGCUGUGGGCUUUCGGAGGCAGGAGCAAGACGAUGUGUGUGCUUGGUCUACGCCUGAAGUUUACCUCAAGUGCCGCCGUCUCCCUGCUCUCGUCACUCUGCGCCUCAGGAGGCUUCGUUUUUUGGAGAAAGUUUUGAGGUUCGGAUCGGACGGGUUGUUGCACAUGCUUGACGCACUUGUCAGCGUUAAGAAUAGUUGGGCAUAUCUCGUGAGGCAAGAUAUCUGGUGGAUGUAUGAUCGGAUCACGAUCCCGAUCGAAUGGUCUCCCGUCGGGGACUUGCCGUGGUGGAUUGGUGUAGCCCGUGAUUGCCCCAAAAAGUGGACUGCUUGGUGUACAGAGGCGGAGAGAGGCGCCAUGGCAGAGCACCUGGCGAGCUGCGAGGUUGCUGUGUGGCAAUCCAAGUUGGUUGCCAUCCGCGAGCGCGGCAAGCCCCCCGUUCCCCCCGUCCUCAAAAAGGUUGUUGGGAAUGUAGUGUUUCCGUGCAGGGAGUGCGGAGAGGUGUUUAACACCAAAGCGGCGUGGGGAAGACACCGCACUCUCGCGCACCCCGAAUUUGACCUCGCAGGGGCGCUGGCACUUGGAUCAUGUUGCCACGCCUGCGGCCAGGAUUGGCACACCAGAGGGCGGCUACUCCGUCACCUCCGCUUCGGCUCGAGCCGAUGCCUCACGGUGCUAGCGCACCAUUUAGAGCCCAUGCCUGUCGAGCGAGUGCUGGAGCUGCGAAAG